AUGUAUUUUAGUCUAGGAGUCCAAGAGGAGCGGAAAGGAGUCAGGCUCGAUUCCCCCGCGCCGGCGGCAACUGAAAAGUAUCUUCGCUCAAAGACUCAAACCGCCAAAGAGUCAGUCAAUUGUUGCAAGCAGAUAUUUUACCCCAGUUUGGACAUCGUAGCAAAGAUGGCUUCCGGUGCUUAUCCCUUAACGGAGUCUCUUCCCCGCACAAACCGGUUCAGGAGUGUCACCUUGGCACAUUUGAAGAACUUCGUUGGUGGCGACUACACCGCUCAAAACUUAACCUCGGCGCUUUAUGAGGCCCGAGAUGGCUCAGAGUCAGCCGUCAAACUCGAAGUUUGGUCUGCACCAAAAUUAUCGAAGCCUACGUUUGCCGAAGCGAUCCGUCAAAAUUAUAAAAAAAUCUCCAAAGGAUUUAAAUUUGGUCCGAGUUGGUCUAACCAUUGGGUCAAGGCAACCUUGACCGUCCCGAAGCAGUACCAAGAGAAAGAAAGGGUUCAAUUUGAGUUUGAUCCGGGAUGUGAAGCUAUGAUCUAUACAGCUGAAGGCUUGCCACUUCAAGGGAUCACAGGUGGUACCGAUGAUGCCAGAAGGGUCAACUAUAUUAUUCCAAAGCAAACCAGAUCAUUCCCCUUCCAAAUAUAUAUCGAAGUCUCUGCAAAUGCUAUGUUUGGUGUGCCCGAUGAAGGCAAACUUGAGCCUCAUGACGACGUAUUCUUUGAGCUGGCUACAGCUGAAAUAGCUGUGCCCCGUAUGGACGCUUGGGAUUUGCUCUGGGACUUCAGAGUGAUCUCGGGGUUGACAACCUCUCUUCCGGUCACCAGUCCCACUUGUCUCAAGGCACAAAGCGUGGCUAUGGAAAUUGUGAACACCUUCAAACCCGACGACUUCUCGACCAUUCCCGCUUGUAGAAAGAUUGCCGAAAAGAUUUUGGGAUCUGAUUGGGCCCAAAAACCAAUUUAUGAUCCCAAGUCUGAUUGUGACUUCGAAGGGGAUUCUGAAGGCGCUCCAGUGUUUGCUAUCGGGCACUGCCACAUUGACACCGCCUGGCUCUGGCCCUUUUCAGUUACUCAGCAAAAGAUAGCGCGCUCUUGGUCAACUCAGGUCGAUUUGAUACAACGCUACCCCGAAUAUCGGUUUAUAGCCUCUUCAGCACAGCAGUACAAAUGGCUCGAGGAGCUCUAUCCGCAAUUGUUCUCGAAAGUCAGACGGGAAGUUGAGAAUGGGAAGUUCUUGGUGACAGGUGGCUCAUGGGUUGAAAAUGAUACGAACAUGCCAUCUGGCGAAGCUCUUUGCAGACAAUUUCUAUACGGUCAAAGGUAUUUUAAGUCUAGGUUUGGGAAAUACACGGAUAUCUUUUGGUUGCCGGAUUCCUUUGGCUAUGCUUCCCAAAUUCCUCAAAUCUGCCGACAAUCAGGAAUUCCAUAUUUCUUUACUCAAAAACUAUCGUGGUCCGAGUUCAACAAGUUUCCACACACAUCUUUCAAUUGGAUCGGAAUCGACGGGACUCAAAUGCUUGUUCACAUGACACCAGUCGAUACUUACAACGCCCAGGGUAAUGUGGACGAAGUCUUGAAGGCGAUCAGUAAUCACAAAGAUCUAGAAUGGUCGGACAAAAGCCUACUCGUGUAUGGAAAUGGUGAUGGUGGAGGUGGACCGCUUGCUCCGAUGAUUGAGAAACUCCGUCGUAUCCGCUCAGUUGCCAACAACUCGUCGAACUCAGGAGUACCGAAAGUUACGCAAGGACCAUCGGUAUCUGACUUUUACAAGAUGCUGUUGAAAAAAACUCGAAACGGAAAGGAUUUGCCUACCUGGAAGGGAGAGUUGUAUCUUGAGUACCAUCGCGGAACGUAUACUUCGCAUGGGUCAAUCAAAAGAAAUAACCGAAAAUCCGAAAUCUUGUUACGAGAGAUUGAAUACUUUGCUACUCUGGCAUCUUUGUCUAGCAAAGAUACUGGUUAUGAAUAUCCUAAGGAUGAGCUAGAUUAUUUGUGGGAGAUAGUACUACUCUGUCAAUUCCACGAUGUUCUUCCGGGGAGCGCGAUUGCAAAAGUUUAUGAAGAUGCAGAAAAGCUUUAUGCCGAAGUUACUCAAAAGGGAAAAGAUCUUUUAGAAGCUGCACGUCAAGCCGCACUAUCUGGAAGCCAAGCGAUCGACGUCGCUUCAGCGUCGCCAAGCCGGGGCGGAAGUCUCAUUGGCUUGAACACGCUUUCGUUCCCGCGUCAAGAAGUUAUACGUGUUCCGCUCGAAAUGUACGAUGGCAGGUCUGCAUUCUCUGCCAGCAAGACAGAUGAUGACUCUGGUUUCGUAAUCGCCAAGGAUGGCUUUGGAAACGGCUUGCUCGAGCUCGAAAGUUUAUCCAACUUCAACGAAAACAUUCAACUCGCGACGGCUUCGGUCGUGAGAGAUGUGAAUACGGGUGAAGCAUGUUACUUCUUGGCCAACAAAGCUUUGACUAUCCAAAUCUCAUCUCGUGGAAGAAUAGUCAGCAUCGUCGACACCGAAUUAGGACGAGAAUUAAUUUUGUCUGGGCAGACCUGCGGUUUUGUAAUUUACCAAGACCAACCGCUCACUUACGAUGCCUGGAAUGUCGACAUUUUCCAUCUUGAUACGAAGGAGAGCAUCGAGGCGAUUAGCGUGAAAGUGGUGGAGCCUCGAGGCUUGCGAGCUAGUAUUUUGGUGGAAUGUGUCUAUAGAAAAUCUAAAAUAUCGGCAACUAUUUCACUUGAUGCCGUACCGGGAUCCCUCAAAAAAGACGCAUUAUCUUUGGUCAGGUUUGACACGACCGUCGAUUGGCACGAGCAACACAGGUUCUUGAAGUUCGAGGUGCCCCUCGACAUCAGUUCAGAUCAGGCAACCUACGAAAUCCAAUAUGGCGUCUUACAGAGACCAACACACAAAAAUACUACUUGGGAUGCUGCCAAGUUUGAAGUUUGUGGCCACCGUUUCGCUGAUCUCUCGGAGUUUGGAUAUGGAGUGGCGCUGCUGAAUGACUGUAAAUACGGCUAUGCAUGUGAAGGUUCUUACUUGAGGCUCUCGUUGUUGAGAGGCUCUACGAAUCCGGAUCCAAAACAAGACCAAGGCGUGCAUCACAUGUCCUUUGGCAUUCUGCCCCAUCGAGGCCAUUUCUUAGAAAGCGAUGUACCUCAAGUAGCAGCAGCCUUCAACAAUCCCAUUCACCUCAGAUAUGCUCCACGAAAAGUCUCAUCCAGAAGUUUGUUAGAACCUGUGACUGAGAUUUUCAAGUUGGAUGGAUUGGGUGCACGAAACGUGAUCUUGGAUACCAUCAAGAGAGGCGAAGACGAUACGUUCGGUUUCCACUCUCGAAAGCCGGUCAAAACUGUCAUAGUAAGAUUGUACGAAGCUUUCGGCGGUUCCGCAAAUGUUAAAUUAGUCACUUUGGUACAAGCCCAAGAAGUUUUCAUCGUCGAUGUCCUCGAAAGGGAGAUCGAAAAAAUCCAGAUAAAUCAACUGGAGGUGACGGCGAAGAAUCCUAAGUCUGAUCAUGAUGCCGGUAAUCCUCAACUGAAAUCAGUGAAAACCCAAGACGAUGAAUCCGUCAAGCAAGUCGUUGAAUUAAAAUUCAAGCCGUUCCAGUUCAUCACUCUCAAGUUCAUUGUAUCUUAA